AUGGCUUCGGGUGCCCCAGGUCCCACGCCGGUGGCUCAAUACCCAACAUCACCUACAGCGAAUACACAGCAUCAACAACGCGGACACUCAAGACAGACGAGCAGUGCGCGCCAAACCCAACAUCAACAGCACCCACAUCAUCAGCAGCACGGCGGUGACCCUUCCGCUGCGCGUCGAGAGACGAGGCCUAGAGGCGCAAGCCAAUCCGCGCAGCAACAACAGCAACAGAGCAUGGGAGUUAGUGGGGGAGCAGGUUAUUUGGAUGAUAGAGGAUCAACAGCGAGGGUUGGCCACUCAACCACUGGACACACGCGAAUUGCCAGUGGUGGAUCGGCACAACCAAGGGUCCACGCUCCUAGGCCUGCAACGUCGGGAGUGUCCGCGCCGAGUGGGGGUCAGCCAUCAGGCCAAGGACACCCCUCUCAGCGCCAAACUCAGGUUGCUGGCUCUUCCAAAUCACGACACACGGAACCUGCUCGGCCAGCGCCGGAGUCUCGGACUCAGCCGCAAGCAGUUCCGUCAUCAAAUCGUGUUCCUCCGCAAGCUGGCGCCCAACAACCAAUAUCCUCAAAUCGUCCAUCUUCCGCUGUUCCCAACUCUGCUACCCCCGGGGGAAGUUCUAGUCGUCAAACACAACACCAGACUAUAACCAGCAGUUUCCCGCACGCGUUUGAACGGUGGGAACGGCUUUCUUCGCGAUGGGAGGGGCUAACCGGAUAUUGGAUCUCGAGAUUGGAACAUAACCAGGAGGAGUUGGCUGGUAUGCCCAUAGAACGGGAAAUGGCUAGACAGAUUAGCGAUCUUUCUACUGCUGGUGCGAAUCUGUUCCAGGCUGUUGUAGAGCUACAGCGUCUUCGCGCUUCUUCGGAGCGAAAAUUCCAACGGUGGUUCUUUGACACUAAGGCUGAUCAGGAGAGAGCUAAGGAGAUGAGCAGCGAACUGGAGCGUUCCUUGCGUGUAGAGCGUCAACAGCGUGCAGACGCUGUCAGUCAAGUCCAGAGACUAGAAAAGGAGAAAGCGACAGCGGAGAAACUUGUUGAGGAGAUGAGGAGAGAGUUGCAGAUUUCGAAAGAAGAAUGCAGACGUUCCUGGGAGGAAUUGGGACGAAAGGAGCAGGAAGAACGAGAAAAGACUAAUAGUCUCAAAGAAGGAAAUCCAACACUCGUCGGUGGAAUUCAAGUAUUCCCAAUGCCUAUGCGUGGGGUUCCUGACAGAGGCUCGAAUAGACCCCGAACAGCUGGAAGCAGCAAUACUGGGGCUACUCCUCAACCGAUGACGGAAGAACAGUUUCGUCAACAGUUCCAAGACAACGGAUAUGGCAGGGAAGCGAUAGCAGAUUAUGGCGGUGCGCCACUCCGUCAUGAACCCCAUUUGCCGUCACCGGGACAAGUGCCUCCUACUUCGGCUAGUGGCGCACACUCUGUUUCUGACACUGCUCCUCCAGCUUUCUCCCAACAGCAAUCGCAUCGGCCGUCAACCUCAAGCCAGCAGCAACAGCAGACCCCAGACAUCCACCCCUUCUACCAGCAUCAACACUCAGCUCUUCACAUUCCGCCUGAUCAACAGCCGGGAAGGACUCUUUCACCCGGUGAGGAGUCAUACGUAACCAACAACUCUGCGGUGCGCUCGCGCGAGUCUGGAUCCGUGACAGAAUCGCAGCAGUCGGAAGCAGGUGAAGGAGAUGGCGGGUGGGAAUACGACUCGCAGGGAAACCCCACACCUGUCUCGUACCAACGUCGUGAGCCCAGUCGCGCGGAAGAAGAGGAGGAGAGUUGGGAUACUUAUCCCACGUAUGAUGGAAACGACUACGAAUCGAACGGUGGAGGCAGUGGCGGAGGAGUAGCAGUUGGCUAUGGAAGAGGCUGGGAGGGCGUUUCAAGGGCUCAUCACCAUCCUACGAGAUUGAGUGACGUUCCGGAGGAGGACGAGGAGAGGAGAACCCACCUCGGUAGCGAAGGCGGCCGGAUUUCGAGGUAGCUUUUGUGAGGAGCGUGCUCAAGUCACAAAAAGGGGACGUUAUGAGAGAGUGUAUGUUCGAAGGGAGGGCUGGGGGGUGACGAUUGGAAUGAGGAAGUCUAAUACUGCGUUAUGUCUUCCAUCUUUCCCUUCAUUCCUAUGGUUGUGUUUUUUCCAGCUAAACCACGUUGGUGAAACUUCAUUUGCGUGUUAUUAUAUUCCCACGAGAGGGGUUUCCUUUUUUUUUUAUUACUAUGAUACUGAUCAUUUGUUUCCCGUUCAUGUCGGACUGGCUAAGGGUGGGGACAGGGACGGGCGGGGUGGUGGUGGUGCAGCUGCUUGGUAUCUUUUGCCUAUCUCAUCCUUUUUCCCCUGUACUUGAUCAACUCCAAUCGAAUCAAAAAUUUCCAAAUCUAAUUUCUCCUUUUUUCGUUUUCGUUUUUUUCCAUCUCGUCUGUUUUGGGGGUUUUUGCUUGAUUUUUUUUUUCUUUUUCCCUUUUUCCCUUUUCCGUAUCAUUUCUCCAUGCUCUACCGGUAAUCCAUCCAUUCCUUCCGCUACCUAGCCCCCUCUAAAAGGCCCCCCUCGAAAAGUUCUGUUUGAUAGAUAUGAUACUAACUAACAUGAAGAGAGCAAGAGAGCGCAAAAAAAAUUAAAAAUUCAAUCUCGCAAACCAAAAAAGAGCAUUACAUUUUCUGGUGUUUUUCUCACCCCCACCUCCCCUUCUUUUCUUAUAUAUCCCUUUUUUUUUCGCUCUUUUUUUUCGCUCUUUUUUGUUUUUACUCUAUGUUUCGGUUCAGUUCAUUGUUUUAUUCUUAU